UUGCAAAAUGUUAGUUAGCUUAGGUAUGUUAGUUCACUAUUUUUGGUAAAAUAUGACCUCCAUAAACCUGUCCUUGGGUCAUACCAAAACACUCACACCGCAUACACACAGAGAGACUUUUCAUAAUAAAUUUUGUCUGGGUGAUGAAAUAGGCAACAGGUCCACGUCCACCUCAGGCAGUCUCAGUACAUAAACCUGUUUAUCCGGUUUCCCAUUCGAACUCAACACAAAACCCACAGAGAAUGUGAGCGACUGCUGCAUGACACCGAAGAUUUUAGUGGUGCUCUGAAAAUGUAGGGACCGCAGGACUCAAAAAAGCAGCUCGUAGCAAAAGUUGAAGAGGAUGUGAGGACAACACAGUGUGGUAGAGCGUAGUGCGCAAGUAUUAGACGCACAUUCAGCUUUCGAAGGAACAUGCUCCGGAGUAUUCAAACCAGCAUGCUCAGGGUCAACAAUCCACCUCCUCUUGCACAAGAGACAGAUUGCAUAAGCGGCCAUGUGAUACUCCACCACAGCCCACCACAGUCCCUGUGACAGACCCAAUACUUCACCUGCACCGUGAGGCCCAUUGGAUCGCUCUGCAGUGAGACAAGGUCCAGGCGCCAAAACACACCUGCACAGUGAGGCCUAUAUAGGCCCUACGGCGCAGCUGCACAGGGAGGACCACACCACAACAAUCAAGAAUGGAGCUCAAAGUUUGGGUGGAUGGCGUCCUGCGGGUGGUGUGUGGCCUAUCUGAAGACACCACCUGUCAAGAGGUGGUCAUUGCCCUGGCUCAAGCCAUUGGCCAGACCGGGCGCUACGUCCUGGUGCAGAAGAUGCGUGACACGGAGAGGCAGCUGCUGGCGGAUGAGCGCCCCCUACAGACGCUGGCCAAGCUGGGCCAGCUGGGCAACGAGGUGCGCUUCAUCCUCCGUCGCACGGGGCCCACCAGCGGGGGCAGUGGCGGCAGCAGCAGCAGCAGCACUGGCAGCAUCACCAGCAGCGGCAGCAAUAGUGGAGGAGGAGGAGGAGGAGGAGGUGGAGGGCCUCCGCGACCGCCUGACCGCACCACCUCCCUCGCCCCGCUCCCACCCCUCCCCAAACACCUCCACCCCGAGGUCCCCCCCAAGCGGAGGGACGCCCCCAAGAAGGCCCUCACCUUCAACCUGGGGCCCUCCACGGCACCGCACACGCAGCCCAAGCACUUUAAGAAGCCGCCGCCCCCCAAGGACUCUCCGGAGCUGAGGCGGCUGUCCCCGUCCCCGUCCCCGUCCCCGGCACAGUCGCCCUCACCCUCCCCGAUCCUACCCCCGCCUACACCCGCAACCUCCUCCACUCCUCCUCCUCCUCCUCCUCCGCCAGGGCCCUCCAAAGAGGAGCUCUUCCGGCGGAUCCUGCAGCAGCAGGAGGAUCUGGGUGGCCUGGGGGAGCGGCUGGAGAGGGCGCAGCAGGAGGUGUGGGUGCUGGAGCAGCCGCCCCCUCCGCUCCUCACCCCGGACCUGCUGGAGGAGCUCGACCAGCUGGAGGAGGCGAUGCGGCGGAGCAAGGCGGAGCUGGCCCACGCGGCCCACUGGGAGGAGGAGCUGCGGGCGGAGGAGGAGCGAGAGGAGGCGAUGCGGCAGGAGGUGGAGCAGCUCAGGGUGAUGCUGGAGGAGCACGGCCAGCAGCUGGCGGACUGCGGGGGCCAGACGGGCCGGCUGGAGCUCCAGCUGCAGGAGGCGGUGCAGCGCCGCGAGGCCCACCAGAGGAACGGACUGAAGCAGGCCCAGGUCACGCAGGAGUCCCUGGACGCGGCCCAGGCGGAGCUGGAGAGGCGGCAGAGGCUGGAGGCGGAGCUUCAGAGCUCGCUGGGGGAGGCGGAGCAAGAGCUGGAGACGGCCGACAAGAUGCUGCAGGCAAAAACACAGGAGCUGGAUGAGCUGAAUAAGGAGUUGAGGCAGUGUAACCUCCAGCAGUUCAUUCAGCAGACAGGAGCCCCACUCAACAUGAGCAGCUCCCAAAUGGACCUCCGGGGAGAGGAGAGCGAGCUCAUUGAAGUCUCCCAGCUGGUCAUGGAUACAGACACAGACUCGGCGACAUCAGAAGACUCAGGGCUAUUCUCUUCAGAGUCUCAGCCGGCCCUCACCGCCAGACAGAUUUUGGUCAACACUCGCAGCACUAAGAAACCACUGGGUGAGCAAUGCAUACACACAUACAAAUCGACCUUUUGAUGUUGACACAACAUUUGCACCACAGUGUGAUACACAAGUGCCGUGUUUUUACUUUGUUGUGAUCUAGUGUGGUUGACCUUCAUAAAAUGUGACUUUUGGCCUUUUCCUUUUUCAGUGCUAUCAUCCAGGGAUUUGCCUUGGCGAUGAAGAUGAAGUUCUGACUACUAUAAAUAUGACUGUCUCUUAAAGCCAUUGUUAUAUUUUGGAUAUUAUGAAGUUAAAUAAAAUGAAGAUAUAUAUUUUUUCUGAGCCAACUAUUAAGAACAUUAUUUCCUUGGUUGUAUAUACUGUAUUAUUCAGUCUCACUUUAUAAAGUACAUGUUUUAUUACAUGGAUAUGUACUAUGUAUGUAUUUGUAUCACAAAAUGAGUUUAUUUGUAUUUCAUGAAGUAAACACUUAUUU